CGCCGCCGCGAGGGGAGGUGACCGCGGCCCUCCCGGGCCACCAGUGGCGGUGCGCGGAGGGAACGCCGGGCGUAGAGAGCAGGUUGUGAAGCAUGGAGGCUGGCUCCGUGGUCCGAGCCAUCUUUGACUUCUGCCCUAGCGUCUCAGAGGAGCUGCCCCUCUUCGUGGGAGAUGUUAUUGAGGUGUUGGCCGUGGUGGAUGAAUUUUGGCUUCUAGGAAAGAAGGAAGAUGUUACAGGACAGUUUCCCAGCAGCUUUGUGGAGGCUGUCACAAUCCCCAGCCUGAAAGAGGGGGAGAGUCUGUUUGUUUGCACCUGCGAAUUCACAUCUCGGGAGCCGAACAGUCUUUCUCUCCAUCGAGGAGACCUGGUGGUUCUCGAUGGCACUCCCACUUCAGGAUGGCUGCAGGGCCGAAGCUGCUGGGGUGCCCGGGGCUGCUUCCCCUCUUCUUGUGUUCGUGAGCUCUGCCUCACCUCCCAGAGCCGCCGGUGGCACUCACAGAGCGCAUUGCUUCAGAUCCCAGAAUACUCCAUGGGGCAAGCAAGGGCUCUCAUGGGGCUGUCUGCCCAGUUGGAUGAGGAACUGGACUUCAGGGAAGGAGAUUUGAUCACCAUUAUCGGAGUUCCUGAGCCGGGCUGGUUUGAAGGAGAGUUAGAUGGUCGGAGAGGCAUUUUCCCAGAAGGUUUCGUAGAGCUUUUGGGGCCCCUGCGGACUGUGGAUGAGUCGGUAAAUUUCGGAAGUGGAGAUAACUGCAUCGCUAAUGGUGAAGUAGACGUCUCUACAGAAGAGACAGAAAGUGGGGCGGACGAGGACGAGGACCCCAUAGGGGCCUAUGGGCUUGCCCUCUACAGAUUCCAAGCCCUGGAGCCCAAUGAGUUGGAUUUUGACGUAGGGGAUAAAAUCCGAAUUCUGGGAACCUUGGAGGACGGCUGGCUAGAAGGACGUUUGAAGGGCAGGACAGGCAUCUUUCCCCAUCGCUUUGUGAAGUUAUGUCCCAGCACCAGGACGGAGGAAACGGUGCUUCUGCCCCAGGAAGACAGUCUCCCUGAGAACUCUGAAAGCUCUGUGGGUGGUUUGGAGAGCUCCGUGGUAGAGGAAGCAAUACUCGGCCCACAGGAGUGUGAAGCAGGAAAACCCGACCGGGGUCUGCCUGGGCGAACCCCCGCUCCCCUAGACCACCACGUCCCUGAGUGUGUUCUGAGUGAGAACGCUGGUCAGGGUGAAGAUGACUCAGGAAGCUCCCCAGGUGUGGGUCUAGUUAAAGACCCUUCCACAGCUGGCCCCCCAGAGACAGUCAAUGGUCUUUCUUCCCAGCCUUGGGUAGCCUCUCACCCCCAAGUGCAGAAAGGCCAGUUUUCUUCAGCAGCAGGAGGGAGCCACCAAAGCUUAGACCUAUUCUCGGACUUUGUCCCUCUAGAAGCCAGGACGAGAGACUACUCCAGCCUGCCUCCCAAAACAACAUAUGCCCAGUGCAGGUCCCCCCAGAAGCCAGCACCCCCACUUCACAGGGCCUCCUCUCUCACAGCCUCAAGGUUAGUCAAACCUAGCUACUUUCGUCCUCCAGCUGUGGCCAGCUGUGGUCCAAAGCACCAGACAUCUGCAGAAAAGGCCUCCAGCCUCUAUUCUGCACCAGAGAGAUCAGAGAGGUGGCCUAGGCCACCAGACAAGGGGCCCGCCACAGAGGUAACCACAGCACCUCAGGGGGACAGUAUCGACCUGGAUUCCAAGUUGACCCAACAGCUGAUAGAGUUUGAGAAGAGCCUGUCAGGGCCUGGCACAGAGCCAGAUAAACUCUUACGCCGCUUUUCAAUCAUGGAUUUUAACUCUGAGAAGGAUAUUGUCAGAGGCUCCCCAAAGUCAGUUCCCUCACAGGAGCUCCCCGAGAGGAGAAAGGCCCUGAGGCCACCACCACCCAGACCCUGUACCCCAACAUCCAUUUCUCCCCACUUGGUUGACCAGAGCCCCAAACCCGCACCCCCCUUGGCAGUGCGGCCCUCCCGCCCGGCUCCGCUGCCCCCUUCUACACAACAGAGGAUGAGUGCAGCCUCUCCCAAGCUCACCUCCUGUGCCCACCCCAGUUGGGAGGCCCCGGAGAAGGAGUGCCCUGAGCUUGCAGAGCAGAGCCCAGCCCAGACGGCUCCGUCUCCUCAGUCUCCGUGCCCCACGGUGCUGGGGAGGAUUCAGGACGUGGAACACGACUUGGACGUGUUCACCAGGGCUCAGGAAGAGCUGGCCUCGAUGCUGGAGGAAAAGCAGGACGAAUCGUUGCAGGCAGAGACGCUGGAGAAUCUCAAGCUCUAUGAGGGCAGCAUUCAGAGUCUGACCCUGGAGCUCCAGCAGCUGAGAGACAUGACGCUCCUCUCUUCCCAGUCUUCGUCCCUGGCCGCCCCCUCGGGGUCUGUGUCCCCUGAAAAGCCUGAGCAGAGGAUGCUGGAGAAGAGAGCCAAGGUUGUGGCUGAACUUGUGCAGACGGAAAAAGACUACAUCCGGGAUCUGGAGAUGUGCAUCGAGCGGGUCAUGGUGCCCCUGCAGCAGGCACAGGUACCCAACGUUGACUUCGAGGGGCUUUUUGGAAAUAUGCAGACGGUGGUUAAAGUCUCAAAGCAGUUGCUGGCAGCCUUGGAAAUCAGCGAUGCUGUAGGACCUGUGUUUCUUGAACAACGGGAUGAACUUGAGGGAACAUAUAGGGUUUACUGCCAGAACCACGAUGAAGCCAUUUCACUGCUAGAAAUCUACGAGAAGGAUGAGAAGAUCCAGAAACACCUGCAGGCCUCCUUGGCCGAUCUGAAGAGCCUGUACAACGAAUGGGGAUGCACCAACUAUAUCAACCUGGGCUCCUUCCUCAUCAAGCCCGUGCAGAGAAUAAUGCGUUACCCGCUGCUACUAAUGGAGUUGCUGAACUCUACCCCAGAGUCCCACCCGGAUAAAGUGCCUUUAACUAAUGCAGUGCUUGCCGUCAAGGAGAUCAACGUCAACAUUAAUGAGUACAAGCGUCGGAAGGAUCUAGUGCUUAAGUACCGCAAAGGUGAUGAAGACAGCCUCAUGGAGAAGAUCUCCAAGCUGAACAUCCACUCCAUCAUCAAGAAGUCCAACCGGGUCAGCAGCCACCUGAAACACCUCACUGGCUUCGCUCCUCAGCUGAAAGAUGAAGUAUUUGAAGAGACAGAAAAGAACUUCCGGAUGCAGGAGAGACUGAUUAAAUCUUUUAUCCGAGACCUGUCCCUCUACCUCCAGCACAUCCGGGAAUCUGCGUGUGUGAAAGUGGUGGCAGCCAUGAGCAUGUGGGACCUGUGCUUGGAGAGGGGGCACCGUGACCUGGAGCAGUUUGAGAAGGUGCACCGCUACAUCAGUGAUCAGCUCUUCACACACUUCAAGGAGAGGACAGAGCGGCUCGUCAUCAGUCCCUUAAGCCAGCUGUUGAGCAUGUUCACGGGGCCCCACAAGCUAGUGCAGAAGCGCUUCGACAAGCUCCUGGACUUCUACAACUGCACGGAGCGAGCGGAGAAGCUCAAGGACAAGAAGACGCUGGAGGAGCUGCAGUCAGCCCGCAACAACUACGAGGCCCUGAACGCCCAGCUGCUGGACGAGCUGCCCAAGUUCCAGCAGUACGCCCAGGGCCUCUUCGCCAACUGCAUCCACGGCUACGCCGAAGCCCACUGCGACUUCGUGCAGCAGGCCCUGGGGCAGCUGCAGCCCCUGCUGUCGUUACUGAGAGCCACUGACCGGGAAGGCAACUUGAUCGCCAUCUUCCACGAGGAGCACAGCCGGGUCCUGCAGCAGCUGCAGGUCUUCACCUUCUUCCCCGAGUCCCUCCCCACUCCCAGGAAGCCCUUCGAGAGGAGAACCACAGACCGCCAGUCAUCCCGGAAGCCCCUUCUUGGCAUGCUGAGCUACAUGCUGCAGUCAGAGGAGCUGCGGGCCUCCCUGCUGGCAAGGUACCCACCUGAAAAGCUCUUCCAGGUGGAACGGAACUUCAACGCUGCUCAGGACUUGGAUGUCCCCCUUUUGGAAGGCGACCUGGUGGGUGUAAUAAAAAAGAAAGACCCCAUGGGCAGUCAGAAUCGCUGGCUCAUCGACAACGGAGUCACCAAGGGUUUCGUGUACAGCUCCUUCCUGAAGCCCUACAAUCCUCGUCGCAGCCACUCGGACGCCUCGGUGGGCAGCCACUCUUCCACGGAGUCAGAACACAGCAGCUCCUCCCCCAGGGUCCAGCGGCAGAACAGCAACAGUGCCUUGACCUUCAACUCCAACAACAUGACUGUGUCCUUCACCUCAGGGCUUUCCCCGAAGCAGCCCCAAGACACGUCUCCACUGAAGGAAUGUGACCAGGGAACUCUCAGUAUGUCCUUGAACACGGCGAGUCCAGAAACUGGACCUUCCAGGUGCUUUCCAGACCCAGACUCUCCCUCCCAGCUUAGGCCAGGGGACUCUGCAGAUGGCGCCACAGACAUAAGCCAACCUGCUUCAGCCCCGAGGGCAUGCCAGAGAAGCUGCAGGCAUCCAGAGGCGGCCGGUUACUCUGUACCAGGGCGAAAUGGACAAGGCAAUGGCUCCGUAAGAGGAAGUGCAAGAGCCUAUCAGACUCUGGAAGACAGAAACAGAGAGACAGAAGGCAACCAGGUCUAUUUUGCCGUCUACACCUUCAAGGCACGAAACCCAAAUGAACUGAGUGUGUCAGCCAAUCAGAGACUCAGGAUCCUUGACUUUAAAGACAUCACAGGCAAUACAGAGUGGUGGCUGGCCGAAGUUAACGGGAAGCAGGGCUAUGUCCCUUCCAGUUACAUCCGGAAGACUGAGUACACCUGAGCCAGGUGCCCCGCCCUCCCUCGCGUCUCUGUCUGCUGAAGGGCUCUGCCGGGCUGCAGGCGCCGGCUGCUGAGCGCAGGCCCCACAAUGCUGAUCAUAGCGUGGAGUGCAAGAUAAGCUUUACUCUCAGUUGAGUUUACACUGUGAUGCUCGUUAGAAUUUGAAGUGGACCCCAAGGCUUGCCGACCAUUCACUGACUACAAGGAGCUGACCAGGUGCCGCCAUCAGCUGUGGGAAACGAGACAUUUCCAAUCAGAGAAGCAGUAUUGUACGCAGGAAGCUUGUGCGCUGGCUGUUGCAGCCUCCGUGGAUGACUGAGCAGUCAGCGGAGAGGAGCAGGCUCGGAGAGCUCCUCCGUCAUGCCCUCAGUCAGCGGAGAGGAGCAGGCUCGGAGAGCUCCUCCGUCAUGCCCUUCCCACAGGCCAGGUCACACUAAACCUGGCGCACCAAAACUUCAGACACCCCCAGUGCCCAGCACCCGCCAUCUCUGACAUGCUCCUGAUUUGUAGUUCAUAAAAUGCUAACCUUAUUUUCUCCACUGCUUUCCUGUUAGGUGUUUGCAGUCUUCCUUUCCUUUUGACCUUGUGUCUAGAAGGUUCUCUUACCCUAUCAGACAUGGUCAUCUGCCUCUUCCUGAUACUCAUCAACCUUAUAUGGUCUUUGUGUGAUGUCUCCUAACCUUUCUCACUGAAUGUAAUAACUGACAGACUUCUCUAGACUACCCGGGCCAGCACUCCAGCUGGCUGCUUCAAGUAUUAAUUCUGCUGUGGUCUCCAACCAGCCGAGCCUGGAGGAAGCCUGGAUGCCUUUCUCUGCCACCCGGGCACUCUGCUGCCACCUUGUGGCAUCCACUUGUGCUCACAACAGCAGCCCUGGCUUAUUGGAAGUAGGUAGGAUCACUGGCCACAGAAGCAGCUUAUCUCAGACUUGGAAAUGGAAUUUUUUUCUUUCUCACCACCAACUGCCAUACUUCAGACAAUAUUCAAAGCCAAACAGGUGCUAAAAGUGCCUAAUGAGACCUCACACUUAAGGCUGGAAGGUGCUCACUAACUCUCAUGUGAAGAGAUGGCGCCCCAGGCUUGCCUCAGCGGGGCCCUCAGACUCCAGGUGAGCCCACCAUGGACCCGCCUUCCAGCCGCUGCUCCUCCAGUUGCACAGGCGGCCUUAAAACCCUGGUGGAUCAGGACGAGCCAGUGGACACCCCAGGCGUCUUCUGCUCCACUGGGCGAGGCCUCUCAUGAAGUGUUUAUAUUUAGAGAUGUUUAUAUUUAAGUAGCUAUUUUAUAAAUAAAAGUGUUUCUAUUGGC